AUGCUGCCCUCAUCGGUGCGGCGCGUGGUCGCUUCGGCGCCGCAGUCCCCUCUCGUCGCCUCCCUCACCACCUCCGCUCCGAGAGCGGCUACGGCCACCAUCACCCUUCAGCAGAGACCCGUCGGUGGCCACCAGAGACGAUGGUCCUCCUCGAGCCCCUCGAACCCGAAUAACAACGGAUCCAAGGACAUUCCUGCCCAGGGCCAGUCCGUCCAUGCCUCGACAUCAUCGAGCUCCAGCAGCAGCGGCAAGGCCAACGGCGAGAAGCGGAAACGAAAGACCAAGGACAGCGCCGAUAGGGAGGCUGCGCAGAAGCUGCCCAGCGUGCCCAGCACACAACAUGUUUCCCAAGAAGCUCUCGGCUUGUCAACCUUUUUCUCGCUGCACCGGCCGAUAUCUGUGACCCACAGCAUGCCCAAGUCAGUGACGGAAGAAGCCUUCGCCGCCAUCUUCAAGCCCCGGAGCAGGGCGAACAAGGUCACCGAUGUCAUCUCAACACUAUCGCGGACGACCGACGACCUCGAGGGCGCCAUGGCCAAGAUGACCAUCGGCCACCAGGAGACGGAUGCGUCAGGCGAGCCCGUCCAAAAGAUCGACUUCAAGAACCCCGACGGCACCGAGUCGAGCGUCUACGUCCAGCUCAACAGCAUGGCCGGCCAGUUCGUUCCCUUCCGCCCUCCUCCGGCCCCCGAGGCCAUGGGCGAGACUGCCGACGCCGCGACAUCCCACGCCGCCGCCGCCGAGUCCGCCGUCGAGGACCUACUCGACGAGACCCCCCACCACCGCGUCUACAAGGCCAUGUUCACCAUCGAGGAGACGACCGACGCCGACGGCCAGGUUCAGGUCCUCGCCCACAGCCCCAAGAUCAUGCAGGACGGCGGCGACGCGCCCCGCUCGUUCCUCGAGCGCAUGGCCCUGCGCCAGAUGAAGUUUGACGAGGCGCAAGGCCACGAUACCAUGCACGCCCUCAGCGUCAAGCGCCAACGCAAGCUCAAGAUGAAGAAGAAGAAGUACAAGAAGUUGAUGAAGCGCACGCGCAACCUGCGCCGCAAGCUGGACAGAAUCUAA